AUGGUACGCCCUCCCUUUAUCCUCCUAGUAUCAUCAGCCGGUAUAUGGAAUCACAAAAGUAUUUACAAUUACAACACUGUUUAUCGUAAUGAUGUAGGGUCACCUAUCCAAUUCUACAGCUACCAACCACCCCACGUAUAUCUGUCCCAAUUUGGCGGCAGUACCACUGGAAACCUCCAGUCUUCCCAAUCAGGACCCUUGAGUUUAAUAAAACCAUCAGGAUACCAUGUACACAACUCACAGAAAGCCUUUCUACAAUUAUACCAUGCCUUUACUCGUAAGCUAGCUGAAGAGAGCAAGCAAUUAAAUAUGGAAUUUAAAAUGAACUUCAACCAUCAGGCUUGUGCAGACCAAAUAGUGCAGAUGAACAAAAGUGGCAUCAUAAGCAUCUCAAAUAUCAUCGAUGGAUUCUUAUCACACUGCAAAGCAAAUCUCCUCAUAGAGCUUAUUCAAUCCAAAAGAGUUAGGGUUAGAAAAUUGGAAAGCGAGUGUAGGAACGAAUCGCCGAAUCUGUGCAUAGUAGGAGAUAGAAGUGUUCCAGCACAAUCGAUCAUGGAUGAAUCUCAGCCCCUUUUGACUUCAAAAAGAUAUGGUAGGAACGCUUACCUUGUCACCGUUGCCGGGAAACUCAAGGUUAUUUUACAAGUAUUAGGGGAAAAAUAUAUCAUAAUUCCAAAACUUGGUGGUCCGCCAGACGACGAUAUUUUUGAGUUUUUGAAUUUGAAACACGAAAAUCGUAUUUCUGCAGACGUAAAGAAUCUGGAAUCUGCUGCUAUAGAUUUAUAUGCCAGUCAGACGGAUGAAGGAUCUAGUAUAUACAGAAACUUCCUCGAUGUAACAAACUAA